CAAGUAUCCAAUAACUCACUGAUUCACAUAGACAGUGGCAAGCACGCUCUUUGACCUAGUCGCCUCGUGGUAACAGCUCAAACCUCCAGCCAAACGUUCGCACAUUCCUGCUCAACUACCAAUCUCCCCGCCUUAAAGCUACCGAAGAUCCCAAGGCACCGACUACAAAGCUCUAUAGAAGAAUCUAGGUGGUCGACUAUAGCCCUUUGACCCUUUUCGCUUUGCACCACAUCAUGUUCUAAGCUGUGGCCCCUAUGACUCCACGUUUGUUGUCUCACCUGCCUCGUGAACGCUGCACGAGGAUACAGUACCAACUCCGGCCCUCACUAUACACCCAACACCCCCAAGGACCACUCCGCAUUCGGGUGAGAUAUGGACAACGUAGAUAAUACCACGAUGCAAGUGGUUCCUGGCCGCUCAGUGGGCUUUAUGACCCUGGGAUGCUCGCUUCAUGAAACUCUCACCACCAUCAAAACCGAAGUGAAAGCUUUCCCGAAAUUCGAACUAUACCACGACCUCGACCAACCCAUCAUCACGCCGAUCCACCUCGUUCUCCCUGAGAAUGGGCUGCGCCUCCAGUUUGAUGGACCCGAUCAACGACUCAGACUUAUCGAAAUCCGAGAUUUUGUGAAGGCCAAGCUAGUAUAUAAGGACGUAGAGGUGUUCAAAGCGCCGGACGGAGCUGGUGGGGUUAUGUCAGGACCCGCGGGCCCAAGGUUUAGGCAUAUCUAUGACAAGCUGUUGGGACCUACCUACGGCGGUGAAUACCUCCCGCCGAAGGACGAGGGAGAGGCGCGAGGGAUAUACAACCUUUCAUAUCCGGGAAUUGCCUUCAACUUUCCAGUGCAGCACUCUGCCUUUUCGCCCAAGAAAGACUUUAUCUCAUUACUCUCGUCCUCGGCGACUGGGCCUGCGACUUCUAUGGCGGUUUUCAGCGGAGAAUCCUGGCAAAAGGCACGCGGAACCCUGUUCACAGCGAUUCCACCCAACCCAAGAUCUCUUACUCUUGCAGGGAAGGGCAAGGAUGGUGGUCCGGACGAAGUUGAAAUUGCGAGAAUACAUGGCGAAGGCAGGAUAGAACUGGUUCGACGUUCUAGCUCAUCUUUCUGGCUCAUCUUAAGCGAAACAACGCCUCAGGACCUUAUCAUGGAACUUGGCGCACCUGACUCAAUCUACCGGAAGAACGACCACAGGUUGUCCAUUCACAAAGAAAGGCGGGCGAGUGACGCAUCAGAGAACUCAUCCGGGGGUAUUUCACGUGAUGGACACGAUGAUGGCUUGGACUCCGAUCACGGCUCAAUAGUCGGCACUGAUAAUGAGGAUGAAUGGGAGGACGACGACGAUAUGGUUGCUGAGGCUAACGAGCGAGAGGUGGCCGCCGCAGAACACUUCUACAACUACUACCAUCACGGAUUCGACAUUCUGAUCUCGCAACCUACGCAGAUCUCGCCGGCAUCGCCUACAUCAGAACGUCGGGAACUUGACGAGAACGAAGAGGGCGCACUUAGCGUUCAGCCCUUGAAUCACCUAACGGCCACCAAGAUUAUCUUCCACGGUAACAUCCCAGGCUCCUACCAAUUCAACCGCCACCGCCGGAGCCGAUGGACGUUAGAGCAUGUCCCAUCGGGACAGUACAAAGACCCUCUUAACUCAGAGAUGCGUUUUGCAGAUAUUUCAGGGCGGCUGAGAGAGGUCUUCAAAUCGUACUACGAAAGUGAAGAGGAAGAGCGACUACAGCAACGUGGGAUGGCGUUAAACCGAGGCUGGGGUGAUAGUCCGGGGAGUAGUUGUGAACUUCUCGGUGGCUGGGAAGAUGCAUCUGGGAUGAAGAAGAAGUUCGCGAAUGCGUCUUCCGUGAACACAGAUGCCGCAGACGGUAGUGUGGGGAACGUGGAGCUUUUCGGUUUCCCGGGUAUGAUCUUCGAGGUGCUGAAGAACGGAGCUGUGGGGUGUUUGACCGUCUAUUGAGUUCGGUCUACUUACUCGCAUGGGUCGUCGCUGCUGUCAUAAUGAUGCAUGGGGCAUCUGGACAGGGCGUCGUCUGGUCGCAUUUCGUUACGGUGUUUGGAGUACCUGACUAAAGGCAUAUGGGGAGGGACCAUGCAUGUUGAUUACCUUAGAUUCUAAUUAAGAAUACCCAUCACUACGUUCCUGGUAUCUAGUACCCGCAGUAGCGUCAUACAUCAAUAGAUGACACCCGC